GUGACAGCGCCGAGGCCGGCAGGUAGUGCGCAGGCGUGGAUAACGCGUUUCCAUCAACGGACAUGGCGCAGGUGCAGGCGAGGUUUUACACGGAGGACAGGAGGUAUGAAGUAGAUGAUACACCAUUCUCUGUGCCUGCUACAUCUGAAGUUAAUGAUCUCAGUAAAGUCAUCAAUAAGCUACUGGAAGCAAAACAUGCUAAUCACAAGCAUGCAGACUUUGAUUUCCUCAUUAAGGGCCAGUUCCUACGGCUGGCACUGGUUAAGCACAUGGAAUUGGAAAACAUUUCAACGGAAGAGGUGGUUGAGAUUGAAUAUGUAGAACGAUACAGUGCUCCUCAGCCGGAAGAGUGCUUGUUCCAUGAUGAUUGGGUCAGUGCAGUGGAGGCACAGGGAGAAUGGAUUCUCACAGGAUCAUAUGAUAAAAUUGCUCACAUUUGGACUUUAGAUGGUCGACCACUCAUGGCUCUUUCUGGACACACCGAAGUAGUCAAAGAUAUAGCGUGGAUCAGAAAAGUUGGUCCCUGCAACUUGCUGCUCAGUGCCUCUCAAGAUCAGAGUGUUAUUUUGUGGGAAUGGAACUCUGAAAAGAACAAAGUGAAAGCAUUGCACUGCUGUCGAGGACAUGCUGCAAGUGUAGAGUCAAUUGCUGUGGACAACACCAAAACAAAAUUUUGCAGUGGUUCAUGGGACAAGAUGAUAAAGAUUUGGUCGACAGUUCCCAAUGAGGAUGAAGAAAUGGCAGAGGAGUCCGAAUCCAGACCAAGGAAAAAACAGAAGACUGAACAACUUGGAUUAACGAGAACUCCUAUGGUGACACUAUCUGGUCACAAUGAAGCAGUUUCUUCAGUCUUGUGGUCUGAUACAGAGGAACUCUGUAGUGCGUCUUGGGAUCAUACUAUAAAGAUAUGGGAUGCUGAAACUGGAGCCCAGAAAUGUACCUUGAGUGGGAACAAAGUGUUUAAUUGCAUCUCUUAUUCCCCAUUGUGCAAAAGGCUGGCAUCAGGCAGUACAGACAGGCACAUCAGGCUGUGGGACCCACGCUCAAAGGAUGGAUCUCUAGUACUGCUGUCCCUAACUUCACACAAUGGAUGGGUAACGGCAGUGAAAUGGUCACCCAUACAUGAGAAUCAGUUGAUUUCAGGCUCCUUCGAUAAAUUGGUCAAGCUGUGGGAUGUAAGAAGUUGUAAGGCUCCCUUAUAUGAUAUGAACGCACAUGAAGACAGAGUACUCUGUGUAGACUGGACAGAGAAUGGGUUGCUGUUAAGUGGUGGAGCAGACAACAAAUUAUUCUCGUUCAGAUAUUUGGCUCCCACUUCUGGGGAUGGAGCAUGAGGGCGAAUACGAAUUUGUUAAAUGAUGGAGGACCAAAAUACCACUGGAGGAUACCAUCGGCUUCAUUGAAAUGCUUCAGACUUUCUUGUCUUCCACUUUGUUCUUAAACUACCUUACAAGGAAUUGAAUAAGAUCUGUUUGCCUGCCAUGACUGUCCUGAGUUCUGAUCUCAUUCUGUCAGCGCUAGCCUUGCAAAAGUCAAUGUAAUAAUACCUGAAGGUCCUUUCAGUAAGAUUACUGGCAUUAGGAUUUAAACUUGGAUAUGAGGGGCUGGAGUACACCUCUGCGAGGGUAAGGAGGAUGAGAAAAUUUACUGCUGCUGCGGGUUUUUUCAGUCAUCUGUAAUUAUACUACACCUAAUUUUAAAAUAAGCCUGCCCUGGAGUUUCUAAUUUUGUACUAAAAGUUGUGAGUCCAGCCAUUCUCGUGUUAAAUGUUGAACUUGCUGUGAUUGAUUUAAUUCCUUUAGAGCCAUCUGCAUUGUUUGCUCCAGACUUCUCCAUUGAUGUCACCAUCAAGACAAUAUGAUCCAACAAUUCACCAUUAUCUCUUGCACUCUUAUUAAAUCCUCCUGGGCCAUUAGGGUUGUGGUUGAUGUAAACCAGGUGCAGUCUUGGAUGAUUUAAACAACUCACUGCUCACAUCAAGUUUUCACCCUGGUGCUGUAAGUGAUUGGGUAUUUUCUUACCACGGAUGAGUGUCCUCUCAUAGAAUAUUAAUUUCCUAGGAUUUCUUACCAUUCUUAAUUAAUUGAAAUUGAUUUUUCUCUCGAGAAUCAAUCAUAGAAUCUCAGAAUUGUUACAGCACAGAAGGACAUUGUGUGCCAGCUCUCCAAGUGAGCAAUUCACAUAGUACCAUUCACCCGCCUUCUCCCUGUAACCCUGCACAUUCUUCCUUUUCAAGUAGCAGUGUAAUUCCCUUUUGAAUGCCUCAGUUGAACCUGCCUUCACCACGCUCUUGGGCAGUGCAUUCCAGAUCUCAACCCCUCGCUGUGUGAAAAAGUUUUUCCUCAUGUCGCUUUUGUUUCUUUUGCCAAUUACUUUAAAUCUGUGCCCCUUCGUUCUCAGUCCUUUCACAAGUGGGAUCAAUUUCUCCCUAUUUUCCCUGAAUUUGAAUACCUCUAUCCUUUCAGACUUCUCCUCCAAGGAAAACAGUCUCGACUACUCCAAUCUUCAUAACUGAGGUUCCUCAUCCCUGGAACCAUUCUUAUGAAUCUUUUCUCCACUUAUUCCAAUGCUUUCACAUCCUUCCUAAAGUAUGAUGCUCAGAACUGGACUUAAUACUCCAGCUGAGGCCGAACUAGUGGCUUAUACAAGUUAAACAUAACCUCCUCGCUCUUGUACUCUGUGCCCCAAUUAAAUACUGUAUGCUUUAUUAACCAUUCUCUCACCAUCCCAUGCCACCUUCAGUGACUUAUGCAUGUAUACACCAGGUCUCCCUGUUUUUGCAUCCCUUUCAGAGUUGUAGCCUUUAUUUUAUACUGUCUCUCCAUUUUCUUUCUACCAAAAUGAAUCACUUCACAUUUUUCCAUAUUGAAUUUCAUCAUCCACUUGUCUGUGCCCUUUUGCAGUUUUACACAAUCCUUCUCACAGUUCACAGUGUUGAUUCCAAAUUUUGUAUCAUCUGCAAAUUUUGAAAUUGCGCCAAGGUCUAGAUCAUUAAUAUAUAUCAAGAAGAGCAAUCAUCCCAACACUAACCCUCGGGGAAUUCCACUACAAACCUCCUUCCAACCCCAAAAAUGUCCAUGAACCACUAUCUAUGUCUGCUGUCACUCAAUUUCAUAUCCAUGUUGCUACUUUCCCUUUUAUCCCAUGAGCUAUAACUUUGCUCACAAGCCUUGUGUGGCACUGUAUCAAAUGACUUUUGGAAGUCCAUGUAUACCACAUCAAUUGUAUUGCCCUCAUCAACCUUCUCUGUUACCUCUUCAAAAAACUCCACCUGGUUAGUUAAACAUGAUUUGCCCUUAAUAAAUCUAUGUUGGUUUUCCUUAAUUAACCCAUGUUUGUCCAUGUGGCUAUUUGUGUUGAAUUAUUGUUUCUAGAAGUUUCCCCACCACUGAAGUUAAACUGACUGGCCUGUAGUUGCUGGGCUUAUUGUUACACUUUUUGAACAAGUUUGCAUUCUGGAAUCACCCUGGGUCUAAGGAAGACUGGAAAAUUAUGGCCAGUGCCUCUGCAAUUUCCACUCUCACUUCCCUCAGUAUCUUUGGGUGCAUCUCAUCCAGUCCUGGUGCCUUAUCUAUUUUAAUUAUUGAUGGCCUAUCUUACACCUCCUCCUUAUCAAUUUUAAAUCCUUCUAGUGUAUUAAUUACCUCCUCUUUCACCGUGAUCUGGGUAGCAUCUUCUUCCUGGGUGUGGGUAAAGACAGAUGCAAAGUAUUCAUUUUAAUACCUCAACCCAUGCCUCCUGCCUCCGUGCGUAAAUCCCUUUUUUGGUCCUUAAUCACCCUACUCCACCCCUUACCAUCUUUUUACUAUUUAUAUGCCUAUAGAAGACUUUGGGAUUUCCUUUUGUUAGCUGCCCAUCCCUUUUCAUACUCCCUCUUUGCUUUUCCUAUUUGUUUUUUCACUUCCUUUCUGAAUCUUCUGUAUUAAGCCUGAUUCUCUAUUAUUCACCUGACAUUUGUCAUAAGCAUUGUUUUUCUUCUUCAUCACUCUCUCUUGUUUCAUCCACGGUGUUCUGGAUUGUUUAUUCUUGAAUUGCAAACAAUCCCCAAUUUAAACAAAACAAGUCUUUCAUGUUUUGGGCAAAAUUAAUUUUAGUAAGACAUUUAAGAUCCAGAAAAUUCCGCAGUGCAAAUUUAAAUAAGCAUUUGGCCAUCCUAAACUGAACCACAUCAGGCAGAUGCAUUCAAGUGUGAAACUAUUCCUCUAUUAUCUAAAUGCCAAAACUUUACAAAGAAUAUACAGCAGUUGGCAUUUAUGCCUCAUUCAAGCCUUUGCCCAUGUAACUCUUGAGCAUGGCCCUCUGUUCCCUUCUUCCUCAUAUGUUAGUCCAGCUUUCCCUUAAUGCAUAUGUUAUUCACCUCAGUGACUCAAUUCGGUAACAAGUUCCACAUUCUUACCACUCUGGCUCACCACCACAAUCUCAAGGGCAGUUAAGCUGGGCAAUAAAUUCUGACUGGUGAUGCCAACAUCCUGUAAACAAAUAAAUUACAUUUCUCCUGAAUUUCCCAUGGUGAAUAUCUUGCAUUAUGGCCUCUAGUUUUUUUCUUUCCUCAAGUGGUAACACCCCUUUCUGUCUAUCAAAACCUUUCAUAAUUUUAAAGGUCUACUCUAUUAAGUCAGCCCUCCGUGUUCUCUUCUCGAGAAAAGAGACACAGCCUGUUCACAACAUUGUAUCCAAAUAUUCAUAGGAGGAGCUUACUUAACUGUUUUUGGUAAAAAAAAACACAUUACUGCAAUCAAAAUUUCUCAAAAACAUCUCAAUGAAUGUACUGAUGGGAUUUAAUCAAUCACCUGGAAUUCUCUAAAGUGUUCCUCUGGUCAAAGAUUGGUGAAAAUUCUUUACAUAAUUUGUCUGGCAUUGUUAUUGGAGUUAUGUUGGGGGAUCAAGGAAUCACUGGCGAAAUUUGACUUGCUUGUUCUAACAGUCCUUACCAUUAAACCUAACCCUUAGGUUUUGUUUAAAUUAGGGCUUACUUUGAUAUGGGGUGCCUUUUAAAGUAAUACAAUUUGAUAAAGUAUGAUUUUUUUCCAUAUGUUUCAAUCUCCCAGUGAUAGACAGGGUUACAGAUUAGAGAAAAAGAAUAGAGAUUUUUUUUUCCCUGCCAAAACAGCCAUAUCAUUUCCUCAGCAUUGGAGGUCAAUAUUGCAAGAAGUGGAAAAGUAAGUAAAAUGAUGAACAACAACAACAGUCUACAUUUCAGCAAAUGGAAAGGAGCCAAACUUUGUUUAAAAAGCUGAAGCAGCCACUGUCACUUGUUGAACUGAAAAGAAUAUCAAACUUUUUUUUUUAAAUUGGAAGUUCUGAGACUGUUUUACAAACGUUGAUCUGAAGGGCCCAAAAAGGAAUGAUUGUUGCAAUCUCAAUAAAAAUUGAUUUAAUUUACCCUAGAAAUUUGAAAAAAGAGCAACUAGUUUCACAUCAUAAACAAGGUUACUUUUGCCUUUAAUAGGAAGCAACAAUCGUGCAAUGCAAGUUAAAGUGUCUAUAACAGUCACAAGAUGUUGUAAUAAAAACAAUUAACUUUCCUGAUGAUAUGUCAGAAUUCCUGGUAAUAAUAUGCACUGUAGCCUCUCCAGUCUGGAAAGCUGAAUUCUGGAAAUACCAGUUGUCUGGAAUUUUUUUCUGCAGGUUCCACAACUCAGACUUGCCACUCAUGCUGCAACAAAUUUCAAAUAAGGAGAGACAAGAUGGAUGGCAGAGGAAGAAAAGUUAGCAAAUAAGUAUAGAAUCUUUAUUAUCAUACUACUUUCCCCAGCCUGGGCCUAUUGGUAGUUCUAAUCCUGGAUCCUCAAUUCCUUUUGGAGAUCUGAGUUAAGCGGUAGUUUGAGCAGACCCAGGAUAUACAGUAGUUUGGUCAUUUUAGUGCAAUUCUUUGGAAAAAUGAAAGAUACAGUAUUUGGAUAAAUAAAACAAUUUUUGUUA